GGCAAGCUCAGAGAGUCUCUUCAGUCCCGCUGUGAACUCAGCAAGGAACGCUACGGAUUUUCUACCUGUCGUUGUUACAACCCAGUGUCACUUUAACUUUUAAGCUUAAACUCUCUUGGAUUUUAUUAUUGACACAACAGUUUAACUAUACAGUCGGAAGUAACCUCUUACUUAUCUUUUAAGACUCGUAUAGAUAGCUUGCGUCAAAUGUUAUCGAUGAUUAAAAUAAAAACGUAGCCAGUGAAAAUUUAUGAUAAACACAGUGCUUAAUUUAAGGAUCUUUAGAACUAAUGUAAUAGCAGUGAAGUGUUAAAAGUGAUUAUUGUGUUGAAAGAAUGCCAGUGUAUCAAUAAGUAAAAUUAAAAAAAGUAAAUAAAUAAAUAGAGUAAAAAUUAGUGUUAAGUAAACAAAUAUCUUGUCAAGAUGAUGAAUACAUUUUUGGACCCAGUAUCAUCGCAUCCGCAUCAUCUAGCAAAUUUAGGAAUAAAGUUGUCACCGGGUGGAACGACGACAGACUCUGGUCUAGGUGAUUCUAAUAAUGGAGUAGUUCAGCCAUCGCCAGGUGAUGUGCCUUCAUCGCAGCAGCAUCACCACUUCCAUCCACAGAGCUAUGCAGCACAUCACCCAGCGCACCCAGCGAGCCACAUGGCUCCACACAUGGGACACCACAUGACCCACCAUCCUGGUUACACGGCACGUGAUUUCAUCCUAAGACGCGAGCACGAUUUCAACGCGACGGCCAAUCCAACGACUCCAGAAAGUGGACUAGGUUUGUUUACACCACUGCACCAUGACACGACGGGGACGGGGAUGCAGCAGUUCCCACAUCAUCCUGGUCAGCAUCCACUUGCUGCAGCAGGACACUAUCCCGGGCACUACGGCCAGGAUGCCAGAUUACCGCACCAUCACCACCAAUACUUAGGACCACCCCAUCUAACGCCCGCAUCCAUCCACCACCAUCAGCAGCACCCAGUCAAUCACCCAAGUCACCAUCCACACGGUGCCUUUCUGAGGUACAUGCGGACUGGUGGCGGUGCUGGAGGCUGUGCCGGUGGUAUCGGGCAACGGCACGAAAUGUCCUGCAUGUGGGUUGAUCAGGACAAUCCUGGCGCUGGACGUAAACUCUGUGGGAAAUUAUUUAAUACCCUCCAGGAUAUCGUAACUCAUCUUACUGUUGAACACGUGGGUGGACCAGAGUGCACCACGCACGCGUGUUUCUGGCAGGGCUGCUCCAGGAAUGGCAGGGCGUUCAAGGCCAAGUACAAACUCGUCAAUCAUAUACGAGUUCACACUGGCGAAAAACCCUUUCCAUGCCCUUUUACUGGAUGCGGCAAAGUCUUUGCAAGGUCGGAAAAUCUCAAGAUACACAAACGCACACAUACCGGAGAAAAACCAUUCAAGUGUGAAUACGAGGGUUGUGAGAGGCGGUUCGCUAAUAGUAGUGAUCGCAAAAAACAUAGUCAUGUUCACACGUCUGAUAAACCGUAUAACUGCAGAGUUGCUGGCUGUGACAAAUCAUACACACAUCCGAGCUCGUUGCGCAAACAUAUGAAGGUGCACGGAAUGACACUGGGAGAAGGAAAACUCAGUGGUGGAUAUGAAAGUGAAGGUGAAGAAAGCAGCAGCAGCGGCGGUAGUUUAUCAGUAACUGGACACACAGAAUCCCCUCAACCACCGGCAAUAGUAUCAUCAACGACUGCGUCAACCCCAGUAAAUCAAUCGGGCAAUAUAAGUAAUCAUCAUGCGUCAUCAUUCAGGCCAGCGGAAAUAAAUGAUUGGUUACACUGUCAACCGCCACCGGUCGGACCACAACACAGCCCAUUAUCAGCGCCACCACCGCCCCAUCAUCUAGGUCAUCACUUUAACCCCAUCAUGCAUCAUCAAGCUGCGGCUUACUGAGUAACAUAAAAAUUAGAUGUCAAAUUUACUAUAAUUAUUAUUUUUCAUUUAUCGUUAUUAGCUUCAAAUUUUUUAGUAAACACAAAAUUUAAAACUGUUCUUAUUUUUAGUCACAAUUGUGCCUCAAUUUAAUUAAUAGCCAAAUAUAUCGAUAUUAAAUUUAAUGAAAUUUAAAUAAUUCAAUUAAAUGAAACAAGAAAAUUAUUUUUAUUCCAUGAAUUGAAUGCUAUUACACUCGAUCAAUAUUUUUUUAUUGAAGUGCUUUCAAUAAAUUAUUUGCAAUUGAUAAAUUAAUUAGUUAACUAUCGUAAAAAAAAAUAUUUAAAUUAUUUAUUUAAAAAUUUAAUAAUGAAAAAAUCAAACAAUUCCACACAGAAAAAAAAGAAUUUCUUGGAGAAAAAAUGUUUACUUGCCCUAAAAAAUUAUUAAUACAGUCAACAACCGUCAUAAGCCUGUCCUUUAUAAGCCUUUUCCCCUCAAUCGGGAGUUACUGAGUCCAAACAGCUUCCCCACUUAACUACUCUAAAGAGUUUCGUACUAGAGAACCCGUUAUAAGCCCCCGUUAAAAUUGUCUAAAUUAUAAACUAACAAUAGGAAAAAAUAGACAAAUUAAUGAUGGAAAUUUACUAUCUACGUUUCGCGGAUAAUAGUUUAAUCAUUAUUAAGUAAAAUAUAAUUUAUUAUUCAUAAUUAUAAUCAUGGAUUACAUCCAAAGCUUCUGUUACAAUUGAAAAGUUUUAUUGAACGUUAAGUUGAUCAAUAAAAUUAUUAUUUUUAUGAUUGCUGUAAUCAAUACCGUUUUCAUUAUAAUUUUUUGCACUAAAAUUAUUAUUACCCGAGUUGAAAUAUUGAACUUAUAUUUAACUUAUAUUAACUUCUAAAAUUUACAUAAACUUAAUGAACUUACAUUUUUUUUUAUUUAAUAAAUGCAUAAUUACAAUCUGUCUAUUGACAAUAAAUAAUUAGGAUAAAAGAGUAAAACGUGGUGAUUAGACUAAUUGACUAAUUAGUAUUUACCCAAUGGCAAAAUACUCUAGUGCGGGAUGAACUUACAUCAAUCUCAAAUGACUUAUUGGGCUUGAUUAUAACUUGAAUCGACUUAAGUAAAAAUAUUGACUUAAUUAUAACUUACCUGCAAUAAAAUUAACCCAAAGUGAACUUAAAUGUACUUCCGAGUCGAAAUUUAAAUCGUGAGUCGGACGUAUUGGACGUUGAAAUCGUGAUCUAGAUAUUCAAUGUUAAAAAAGAUGGACAAAAUCAAUUUCGUUCAGCUUUUCCAUGGAAGAUUUAAGUGGGUUGAACGAUAAAAAUAAUCCCGUUUUUGCACUAUCCGGCUUCCAGACUUUAACUUUGGCACAAAUAUUCCCAACAAUCUUACGAAUCCCUCCCCCACCAUCUGCAUUUUUCGAAAA